ACUACUGAACUUGCAAACGUAACUCGAGAAUGCGUGUAUUAUUUUCCUGUAAAAUCUGCAACGUUGCCCCGAAUUUUGCUCCAGGUACGUUAAGUUCAUUGCCGACAGCUAGCUCGAGAAUAAGGUCUUUUCGAGAUUGAGUUUUGCACAACUUUGAGAGCAUCUGAUCUCUUCCUGUGUAUGUGUGUUGUGUACAUGUAGCUGCAGCUCAGCUGCAUUCAUUUCUUCACCCUUCCAAGUUCCAGGCAUUUGCAUUUCCAGCUCUCGACUCGCGAUUCUUCCAACACCAACUGACCAAGUCCAAGUUCCAUCACUCGUACUCGACCUCGGUCAUGUUUGUUAUGGUAGGUCGUGAGUCGGUCCACACUCACCAGUGAUCGCAUUCACAGAGCACUACUAUACCAUGACAGGGCAGGUCAUAUUCACCCCUGGUUCAGGAGCCAAUGCAGCAGUACCCUUAGACCCCGCAUCAAUGAAGGUCCCAUCUUCCAGCGGAGGGGGAGGAGGCGGAGGAGGAGUGUCGCCCGCGACAACGGAAAAGAAAGAGCAGUAUACCACCAGGAGAGUGGCAAGGUUUUACUUUGGUGGUUUUGCCGGCGCUGGAGCAGCAUGUGUUACUCAUCCAUUGGAUCUUGUCAAAGUCCAUUUACAGACGCAGCAGGCUGUACAGAUGAAUGCUUCUGGGAUGGCGGUACAUAUAGUCAAGAAUGAGGGAGUUUUAGCACUCUACAAUGGGCUGAGUGCUUCCUUAUGCAGACAGCUCAGUUACUCCAUGGCUAGGUUUGGUAUAUAUGAGGCCAUGAAGCAGAGGUUAACAGCGGACGACCCCAGCAGACCUCUCCCGUUUUAUCAGAAGAUGCUUCUGGCUGGUUUCGCAGGAGCUGUUGGGGGCUUUGUGGGUACACCAGCAGAUAUGAUCAACGUCAGGAUGCAGAAUGAUAUCAAACUACAACCAGCAGAAAGGAGAAAUUAUAAACAUGCCCUUGAUGGGCUAUGGCAGGUCUACAAAAAAGAGGGUGUAGUAAGCUUAUGGAAUGGUUGGUCUAUGGCUGUUGCAAGAGGCUUCCUUAUGACAUUCGGACAGGUGGCUCUCUACGAUCAGUACAAACAGUUCUUACUGCAAUCAGGUUACUUCAAUGAUAACAUAAUGACCCACUUCACUGCAAGUACCAUGGCUGGUACUUGUGCCACAGUAUUAACACAGCCAGCUGAUGUCAUGAAGACAAGACUAAUGAAUGCCAAACCAGGCGAGUACAAGAAUGCCUUGGACUGUUUUAUGAGCGUUGCCAAGCUAGGACCUAUGGGCUUCUUCAAGGGAUUCAUUCCUGCCUUUGUGCGACUCGGACCUCACACGAUCCUCACCUUCCUCCUGUUCGAACAAUUCAGGAUACGAUUCGGUCGUGACAUCCAAGUCAUUGUUCCGUCUUGAACAUUGUCCAGGCUUGACCUGUUGGCGGCGGUAUGAACACAUAAUUCAAAUGAGUUAAUCAAGCGUUUUCAGUUGAGUUUGCCAUGGGCUAUCAAAGUGUCUCCAUGUUUACCGUGUUUGUGAUUCCCGAGUGCCUCGUACUAGCUAUAUCUUUCAUACCAUCCAGUGCAGUAUUCUGUAUGUAUGGAUGCUGGAGGUUGAUAUGUCAGGCAAGCCUUUGAUGUAAUCAUAUAGUCAAUGAAGAAUGCCUUUAUGAGAGAGGUUUCGGGUGAAUUUUAAAUUGGCGAUGAAAUUGAUGAGAAGUUAUAAAGAAUGGCGAUUCCAGUGAUUGAAGCGUGGUACAAUUGUCGGCUGUUUGCAAGAAGGCUGUAUCAAAGAGCUUUAUAAUGUCAAUGGCAGAAACGCUCUUCUUGCUGGUACACAAUAUAUAUGCAUUAGUGUAUGAAUAAAGGGAUUCAGCUGCCAUCAUAUGUGCUGUGCCUGCAACGCUUGUCAUGUACGAGAUGUUUUCUGAAUUGUUUUUAAGGGUUAAAGAACGAACACUUUUACACACACUCGAUGUGUAUAUGAUAUACACUGGUAUGUACAUAUAUUGUACAAGAACAAGUAUGCAUACUUGAUUUUUAUGUACAUUAGUACUAGAUAAUGUUUUACUGACAAUCAUGGGCCUUGUCCAAUAAAGAGUUGAGAUUAAUGCAGAUUGAUUGCAAACUCCAUCAAUCAAUCGCAAGCUUACAUAUUCCUAAUAUCUCUUCAUUGUAGGCCUGCAACUGAUAUAUGCAAUCAGCUUGGAUCAGUCGUAACUCUUUAAAGAAAGGGCCUAGUUCUACAUAAUACAUUACCAAGCUAUGUUAAAAUUCAGGAAUUUUAUGAAAACAAUUAAAUAAUGCUUUAAUGCUGCAUCGUACAUGAAAAUUUCUUUUUUAAACUAGUUAAGACAGUUUUCUAAACCUCUGUUUAUCAACCUGUACUUUCAUUGCCUGCCAAACCACUUUCCUUGGACUUUAAAUCAACAGCCCAUCAACAACAAAAACAUUUUUAUUGACUUUAUAAUGCCACUUGGUUCCCAAAAUAUUUAUCACAAACAGUUAACCCUGGUCAGACAAGUGUACUCUUUUUUACAGGCCAUCUUCAAACAAGCAUCAAUAUGAAAUUGAUUCAUCUAUUAUCUGUAAUUUCAUAGUGACUGAUGCCUGUUUUGAAAUUGAAAAUAAAAGACAAGCUUUUCAUUGGUAAUAUUUCCAAUAAGACAAUUCAAUAACUAAAUAUGAGUAAAAAAAAAAAACCUGUCUGUCACUGAGAUGAUGAUAGGGAAACAGAUCAGGCUUUUUUUCCCCUUUAAAUUCAGUGUCAUAUUAUUUCAACAUGUGAGUAAUGUUUUGUAAUGAACUUUGUUGUAUUGAAGUACAUUGAAUACAUAUCAACAUGCUGCAUGGGUGUACAUGUGUAUGUGUGUAUGUACAUUGUUUACACUCACAGCUCAUGAAUGUCCUUUAAUGACUGCACUCUCAUCAUUAAUUGCUGCAUGUAUAUUCACCCAGUACAUUUUUAGCUUCCAUUUUUUAGUACAGACUCAUCCUUUACCAAUUUAUUUCUCUUUUAACUUCUUGAUUAUUAACCCUGAGAUAAAUUGCACUAUUGGGCUGGAAGUCUGCUGGAAAUAUGUAUCAUAUCGUAUUUGACAGGUUUGAUAAGAGCCAAAAGAAUAUACCAGCUGAUCAUACAAGUUUAAUGCAUGCCCUGUUUAGAUAGCUGUGGUUUAUAAGUUCUUCACAUAAUUUAGGAUUAUUUUUGAUGUAAAUCUACAUGAUGUGCAUUGUCCGUACGAACAGGUGUUCGUAGAUAUAUUCUUUUAUUAUCCGCUCUCCUUUAUAUCGCUAUACGUGAUGUAUGAAAUCUGAUAUAAAAAAUAUUGUGCAAUAAUUUUUGUUAUAAUUUGGUUAAUUUUUUUUUUUUUUUAAUGACCAUUUACAGUAUUGAAUGGACAAAUAAAUGAACAUGUUCAUGUAGUUAGAUACUGUAGAUAUACACAGCUUAUGAUUUGAACAUACAUACAAAUUUACAUCUUCAUAUAAAUGUUUUUGUUGCCAUUUUUUACUUAAUGAUAUUACAUGUUAAUGUAACAUGAUAUUUGGACAUGAGGUUGCUUGAAUGGACAAACUAAUUCUGAA